UCUCCCUCUCUCUCUCCCCACUUCGGUGACUCUUUCUUUAUACCCUCGAGAUUCACUAGGUCUCUUCCUCUGCAUCCUCCAUAUCCAUAUCAGUUGAGUGGAUUCACGGGGUACUAUCGUGACUACUGAUAGCCGAGGCCAAUUACGGAGACCAAGAACAUCGCGACAAAUGGAAUUCAAGCAGAAGGACCCCAACGGAUCCUUCAGCUAGAAUCAAUUCAGCAGUCUCGGCCUCCAAUCUCCAAUUUCUUUCCCCGCGCGAUCUGCUCUAGGUUUAUUGCUCGUAAAUGGGGGUCCCCACACGCCACGUUCCCCCCUCAUCGAGUGACCCUCGGAGGUAGCCGACAUCGCACCGGAGGAAGUCCUUUAUCUGCAGUCGACUGGCGCAUUCUCCUCCUGCUUGAUUUUCUAAAUCGCUUCGUCCACUUUAUUGGGGGAACGCACGCACACAGCCUUCAGGGACGAGGACCUGGUCACGAUGUGGAAAUCGGCGGAAUCUAAGCUCCUCUUCAAGAUUGACUUCUUCAUCCUGACCUUUUGCUGUGUCACCUACUUCUUCAACUACCUUGACCGCUCCAACCUCAACAAUGCCUACGUCUCCGGGAUGAAAGAGGAGCUCUCCUUCCAGGGGAACCAGCUGACCGUUAUCAACGCCAUCUUCACCGUGGGAUAUGUUGUGGGCCAGGUGCCCUGUAACCUGGCGCUGACGUACUGGCGCCCGCGCAUAUUCUUUCCAGCCAUGGUCCUAAUGUGGGGUGGUCUGACCAUGGUCACGGCGGCGGUGUCAUCGCCCACCGGAAUCAUGGCGGUCCGCUUCUUCUUGGGAAUCGCCGAGGCCAGUACCUUCUCCGGCACGCACUACAUCCUAGGGUCGUGGUACACCGAGCGCGAGCUGGGGAAGCGCAGUGGCCUCUUCACGGCGUCGGGGCUGGCAGGGACCAUGUUCGGUGGCUUUAUCCAGACGGGGAUCCAUUCCUCCCUCGACGGGGUGCGGGGACUCUCCGGGUGGCGGUGGUUAUUCAUCAUCGACGGACUGAUGACUCUCCCCAUUGCCCUCUACGGGCUUUUCCUCUUCCCAGACACUCCGACCACCACCACAGCGCCAUAUCUGACCGCCGCGGAGAAGGAGUUGGCCGUGUCCCGUCUCCCGGAUACCAACGCGGCGCGCAGCCCGCUCAACAAGGCCUUCCUCAAGCGCCUGUUCACCUCCUGGUACUGGUGGGGGUUCGUCAUGCUGUGGGUGAUCGCCGGGGAGACCGAGUCGUUCUCCAGCAAUGCGCUGCUGGCGCUGUACAUGAAGGCGCAUCCGACCAACCACUACAGCGUGGCCCAGCUGAACAACUACCCGACCGGAGUGCCAGCCGUGGGCAUCGUGUCGACGCUGUUCUGGGCGACGCUGACCGACCUGCUCGGUGGGAAGCGCUACCUCGUGGGCUACUUCAUCGGGAUCACGGGGGUGGUCACCUCGGCGAUGAUCCUCGCCUGCUUCGACUCCACGACGACGGUCUUCGCGGCGUACUACUGGGCGGGCGCGGUCUACGCCUGCCAGGCGACAUUCUUCGCCUGGUGCAACGAUGCCAUGCGCCAGCAAGAUGCACGUCAGCGCUCUGUGGUGAUCGCCAGCAUGAACCUAGGCAACAACGCCAUCAACGCGUGGUGGAGCGUGGUCUUUUACUCGGCGGAUCUGGCGCCGCGCUUCACCCGCGGCAUGUGGGCGAUGAUCGGUUGUUCGAUCGCCCUGGCCCUAUGGACGACUGCUAUUCUCGUGCAGACGGUCCGCGAGGAAAAGCGGGGGGAAUCACCGACCUCGCUCGACGAUGCAACCCCGGUCGAUCAUACCAUCGAGAAGAACGGUUACUAGCUCAUCGUCUUCCUACCUAUGCAUGAGCAUAUACCUGCCUACGCACGAUUUAUGCAGCUGACUUGUUGA